AUACCACCUUUGCAUGGCAUGCUUGUAUGUCUUGAUUAUCUCAUCACGACACUGCACAUCAACUGAUACGUUGAGUAAAGACAGUCCCAUCUCCGUAACACAAACGCUUGUCUCUUCCAAUCAAGUGUAUGAGCUAGGCUUCUUUAUUCUAGGUAAUUCCACUAACCGAUAUCUUGGGAUAUGGUUCAAAAACAAUGAUGCAAUGAAAAUUAUGUGGGUCGCAAACAGAGAAAACCCACUCUCGGUUUCUGACAACAGGUCUAGCCUAACUAUUGGCAACGAUGGGAACUUGAGAAUCCUAGAUGGUGCUCAAAAUACUGUCUGGUCAACAAACGUACGGGGCCCGUUCAAUGAAACAGUUGCACAGCUUACAGAUAUGGGGGAUUUUUGUAUUAAUGAUACCGCCUCAGGAUCGAUUUUGUGGGAGAGUUUUGAUUAUCCUGGUAACAGUCUAUUACCAGGCAUGAAGCUGGGAACAAAGGGGAAUACCCAAGGUAAACAUUUACUGUCAUCAUGGAAAAGUGAAGAUGAUCCAACACCUGGAGAUUUUGUAGUUGGACUUUCGGCAGAGCAGCCGCCACAAGUUUUCGUAUGGCGUAAUUCUAAGCCAACCUGGAGAGGUGGGCCCUGGGAUGGAGGGAAGUUCAUCGGUAUACCGGAGCAGGGUGUCGGGUACUCAGAAUUAGUAAGUCUCAUGCCAGGGAACUCACAAGAAGGAGCAUAUCUCAUUGUUAACCUUAGAAACUUAUCGAUUGUCCCAAUGCUAUAUUUACAACCUGAUGGCGUGUUCAUGACGAAAUACUGGGCUUAUGAUAGUAACAUGUGGGAUUCGGAUUGGGAGGUACCAGCUAAUCCAUGUGAUGUUUAUGGAGUAUGUGGUGCUUUUGCAAUUUGUACAAACACUAAGAAUCCUAUUUGUGAUUGUUUGAGAGGGUUUGUACCGCAGUCGAAUGACCAAUGGAGCAAAGGUAAUUGGACAAGUGGUUGCGUGAGGAGAAGCGAGCUUUUGUGUGAGAAGAAUGAAACUAGUUUAGCUUCUGGUAAGGCCAAACCCGAUAAGUUUUGGGUGCUAAGAGGGAUCAAGCUCCCAGAUCAUUAUCAGUAUUUUCCAUACAUGGAUACUGAUGAAUGCCGGAAACGGUGCUUGGAUAACUGCGCUUGUAAGGCAUAUGCGAAUGUGCAAGGAAUAAACUGUUUGGUUUGGACAGAAGAGCUCAUGGAUAUUGAACAGUUCUCAUACGGUGGGGAGAAUCUUUUCUUGCGCCUUUCUUACGCGGAUUCAGGCCACGGAACACAUGAAGACGCGGUACUCAUCAGUCUCACAACCAUAGGUGGUGUACUCCUUUUAUGUGGCUUCGUGUUUUGCUUAUACAUGUGGACAACAUAUAAGAAAGGAAGGAAAACCAAGAUAGAUAACUUCAAUUCAGAGGAAGAACUUGUUUCGAGGGACACGCUACAAGAAGAUGUUCUUAGACACGAGUCUUGUGAACUGCCUAUAUUUGAGUUCAAACAAAUAAUAGGUGCCACCGACCACUUCAGCCACAGAAACAAACUUGGUGAAGGAGGAUUCGGGGAAGUUUAUAAGGGCAUGCUAGACGAUGGGCAACAAAUAGCAGUGAAGAGGCUGCGGCUGUCAGGUAACUCUGGGCAAGGAAUUGAAGAGUUUAAAAACGAAAUCAUGUUGAUUUCCAAGCUCCAACACAGGAAUCUUGUCAAACUUUUAGGUUGCUGCAUUGAAGGGGAAGAGAGAUUAUUGAUUUACGAGUACAUGACAAACAAAAGCUUGGAUACGUUUCUCUUUGAUCCAAAGAAACGGCAACAACUUGAUUGGGCAACACGUUUCAACAUAAUUCAGGGAAUUGGCCGAGGACUUGUUUAUCUCCAUCGUGAUUCUUGUUUAAGGAUCAUACAUAGAGAUUUGAAGUGUAGCAAUAUUCUUCUCGAUGAGAAAAUGAAUCCCAAAAUAUCAGACUUUGGAUUGGCACGAUGUUUUCAAAUCACACAAGAACAGGCGAAUACUUGCCGAAUUAUUGGAACAUAUGGAUAUAUGUCUCCUGAAUACGCCAUGCAUGGAGUAAUGUCAGAGAAAUCAGAUGUAUUUAGUUAUGGAGUAAUGUUGUUAGAGAUUAUGAGUGGCAAGAGGAAUACAGUAGUUAUACAUGAUGAACAAAUCUUUCCUCUUGCGCACGCAUGGAAGUCAUGGAAAGAAGGGAGAGGAAUAGAGGUGAUGGAUCAAGAAUUGGGAAGGUCAUCUUGUGUAUCAAAGGGUUUAAGAUGUAUACAUGUCGCGCUUCUUUGUGUCCAGGACCUGCCUACAGAUAGGCCAACAAUGACAGAAGCAGUUUCUAUGCUAUGCAGUGAAAAUGAACUCCCCGAGCCAAAAGAGCCAUUAUUUACUUUGCAAAGGCUGUCUAGUGGACAUGAAUUUAUAAACAUGUGUUCUAUAAAUGGAGUCACUACAUCUAUGACUGAAGGGCGAUAGUGAGUAGAAAAGGGUAAUUUGGAACUGUAUUAAAAUACUCUUUAUUUGAUCAUUUGAGCUAUGGACAUAUGAUACAUGUACAAAAAUUAUUAAAUACAAAU